AAAAAAACCUCAACACACAUAAUGUCUGGGACCUCCAACGUCGGUAACUCCCAGGUCUACGAGGCCGGUGACCAGCGCAACUACAAAGCCUCCGAGAUUGAGGAGGCAAAGAAGGAGAACCGCUUCCACGAGGGCAAGGAGAACUCUCACAAGGCUCAGGAUUCCAAGGAUGAGCGAUCCAUCGCCAACAAGCUCGAGCGCGAGUCGAAGCGCGAGAAGGAAGACGACGAUAAGCUGAACGAGGAGGACCGUCUGCGCAAAGUCGACGCUACCCUGCCCGCAAAGCUCCACGGCAACGAGCCCAGCGCUGGCGCUAAGCUCGACCAGCAGCUGAGGGAAGAGGAGCAGGCUGAGCUCGAGCGCAAGGGCAAGGCGUAAAUGCAUCGUGCCUGUGAUAAGGUUGAUGCUGAGAUACC